UUACACAUUCUGCCCCAUCUCACCUCAUCUGGUUUCCAAAGCAGUAGGUGAAGCUGUAUGAAGUUCGUGGUGGCACAGACAGAUUCCACAAUGACACUUCACCACUUUGCAGUCUAGCACUGGAGCGUCUUGCUGGACAUUGAGUGGUGAGAAGACAUUGUACCUUCCCUCCUUUAUACUGCAUAUUUUAAAUGUCCUAUGAAAAUGAUUUAUUUUUUUCCAUAGUCCUGGAGAUUGAAUGAACCAAGUCCCUCAUUUAUGCUAGACAAAUGCUCCACCACUGAGCUUCACUCCCAUCCCUCACAAUUUUAUACUCGGAAGGAAAGUUUUCUAAAAGUUAAAACUCCAGUAGAUGAAUCCCAACAUGAUGCUGAAAGCGGCCAGACACGCAUACUGUAUUAGGAAUUUCUAAUAACUGCUCAUUAGAAAAAGCAAGAUGGUAUGACGUGUUGAUUUGAAAGUUCUAGGAAAGGCAAAGCCGUAGAGACGGGGCAGCCUGGAGAAGGCUCUGGAGUGGCCCUGCGCACCCACUCACUACCAGGCCCUCUCAGUUUUUCACACGUACUGCACUGCUCUGCCCACAGGGGGGCGGGCUCCACCAGAUCACAGAGCCAAGGCUUUAGUGCUCCCAGCUUGCUCUGGAUGGGGCCCCAUGCCAACGCCCUCCUCUGCUGAGAGCCAGGGCUGUCCAGACACCUCCCACGUGGUGAGCUCAGAGCCUUUCUCAUUGGUGCCUGCCAAAGCAGGAAAGACGCAUCUGGCCAUUUGGAGGGUGCCAGACAGUGUGAUACAAUGACCGGUGUCCGCUUGACAGACUGGGGGUGGCUGGGAAGGACAAAGGCAGCUAAAAAGAUGGUGGAGAAGUUCAAGGCUGCCAUGCUGCUGGGGGGCGUGGGUGAUGCUCUUGGCUACGGAAAUGUCCGCAGGGAGAACAGUUCUUUUGGCUCCAUCCAAGAGGAGCUGCAGAAGAUUGGGGGACUCGACCACCUUGUGCUCUCACCUGAAAAGUGGCCAGUGAGCGACAACACCGUCAUGCACAUGGCAACAGCCGAGGCCCUCACGACAGACUACUGGUGCCUGGACGACCUGUACCGUGAGAUGGUGAAGCGCUACGUGGAGACGGUGGAGAAGCUUCCAGAAUAUCGGCCAGACCCAGCUACUGUGGAGGGCUGCUCUCAGCUGAAGCCAGAUAACUACCUCCUGGCCUGGCACACGCCCUUCAGUGAAAAGGGUUCCGGGUUUGGCGCGGCCACGAAAGCGAUGUGCAUUGGCAUGAGGUACUGGAAGCCCGAGCGGCUGCAGACCCUCGUUGAAGUCAGCAUUGAGUGUGGCAGGAUGACCCACAACCAUCCCACAGGGUUCCUGGGUUCUCUGUGCACCGCUCUGUUCGCCUCCUACGCAGCCCAAGGAAAGCCGCUGGUGCGGUGGGGCCGAGACAUGCUGCGCGCGGUCCCGCUGGCCGAGGAGUACUGUAAGAAGACCAUCCGCCACAUGGCAGAGUACCAGGAGCACUGGUUUUACUUUGAAGCUAAAUGGCAGUUUUAUUUGGAGGAGAGAAAAAUCAGUGAGGACGAGGAACACCAGGCCACCUUUCCUGAGAACUACGACGCAGAGGAGAGAGAGAAGACCUACAAGAAGUGGAGCUCGGAAGGCCGAGGCGGACGGCGAGGCCACGAUGCCCCCAUGAUUGCCUAUGACGCCCUCCUCGCCGCCGGGAGCAGCUGGGCUGAGCUGUGCCGCAGGGCCAUGUUCCACAGAGGUGAGAGCGGAGCCACGGGGACCAUCGCCGGCUGCCUGUUUGGCUUGCUGCACGGCCUGGACGCCGUUCCUCGGGGCUUGUACCAGCACCUGGAGCACCAGGGAAGACUGGAGGACCUGGGCUCGGCCCUGCACCGCCUGUCCACGCAGGAGAAGUAAAGCGUUUCCUCUUCCAUUUCCCUUUCCAGAAGGCAGCUGUAGUGUCCACACGCGAGCUUGUAGCCUCCGGAGGGGAGGGUGUCCAGGGAGACGGAGUCAUGCUGACCGCCCCCUCCCAAAUUCAGAGUGCUAUCUGCUAUAUAAAACACACUGUGUG